AUGGCGGUGCUGAAUGGACCUGCAACGCUGACCUCAGAGGAUCAACAAACCUGUGAGGACAACGUCUUAGCCUUCUUCAAGCAUGUGUGGCUCAGCGGCUCGCAGGAGGAGAUGGUCUUGAAGCGCGACCUCCACUUGGCCUGGCUGAAGAAGGGCCUCGUUUCGUUGCCGCCCAACUUCUGCGGUCUCGAUGCCUCGCGGCCGUGGUUCGUCUUUUGGAUCUCCCACGCCAUGGAGGUGCUGGGCGACUUUGAGGAGCAGCACUGGUCGCCGCAGGUGGCCUCCUUCCUGUUGCACUGCCAGGACGCCUCCGGCGGCUUCGCAGGGGGCCCCCAGCAGCUUCCGCAUCUAGCACCGACCUAUGCGGCCGUGUCGGCGCUGAUGGUGGCGGGCACCGAGGAGGCUUAUAAGGUGGUGGACCGCGCUGCCAUGUAUGGCUUCCUGAUGCGCAUGAAGAGCCCUCAGGGCGGCUUCAAGAUGCAUGAUGAAGGAGAGACGGACAUGCGUGGCUGCUACUGUGCCAUCGCCACUGCCUCUAUGCUGCACAUCUUAACGGAUGAGUUGCUGGAAGGGGUGCCUGAGUACAUCAGCAGAUGCCAAACCUGGGAGGGUGGCAUAGCUGGAGAAGAGGGCCUUGAGGCCCAUGGUGGCUAUUCAUACUGUGGCCUUGCUGCCCUCUGCAUCGCCGGCCGGGCGGAGUCCUUGGACUUGCACAGUUUCCUGAAGUGGGCGGUCAACAAGCAGAUGACCCACGAGGGUGGCUUCCAGGGCCGCGCCAAUAAACUGGUGGACAGCUGCUACUCCUUCUGGCAGGGCGCCAUUUUCCCCCUGCUGCACGAGGCCUUUCGCCAGAGUGGGGCUGACAUGAAGCUUCCAGAGGAGCAUUGCUGGUUCGCGCCCGAGCCCUUGCAGAUGUACAUCUUGUUGGCGUGUCAGCAUCCAAAUGGUGGCUUGAGGGAUAAACCCACCAAGUCGGCGGAUUUUUAUCACACCUGCUACGCCUUGAGUGGUAUGGCGGUCAGUCAGUAUGAUGUGGCAGGGCACACGCCUAUGGUGGGGCAUGUGGCGACGAAUCUUCUGGAGCGCACAGAUAUUUACUACAAUGUCUUGUUAGAGAAGGCGGAACGGAAGUGCGGUUAUUUUCAGAAUUUGCCCCUGGAGAUCGACGGCCAGACGGUGGCGACCCGGGAGGGCCCAGGUGCAGUGGCUUGGAGGAAACAUCUGGAAACGAGUAAGAAACUCGUGGAGAUGGACCCCUCGCCAGUAGAGAAAGAUGAGAAAGGCCCGAUCGUUUGCGCCACCUUCCCUUUGCUGGCGUGCACAGGGCACUGCCUGGCUAAACAGAUUGGGAAACAGAUCGAAGAUCAAACCCGGGAUUUUCACAAGGCCAGUACCGUGGCAGAGGAGUCCCUGAUGGGCGUUCGCACGGUCUCGGCGUUUGGCACUGAGCGCUUCCAGCAGCAGCGCUUUGAAGAGCAGCUGGGCAGAGCCAGGAAGGGCGGCAUCAGGUCUGGCAUUAGGAUUGGCUGCUUCUGGGGCCUCCAGAACUUUGCCAUGACCUGCCUCUAUGCCUUGACCCUGUGGUUCGGUGGCCAUGUGCUGAUCGCUCGGAGGAUGGAAGGCCACACCCAUUCCGACGUCAACGGCGGGGAUGUGAUCGUGGUCCUCGUUGCGCUCAUUACUGGCAUGACAGGGAUCUCUCAGUUUAGUGGCUAUGCUCCACAGAUGGCAAAGGCCAUUAUUUCGGCCAAGAGUUUGAAGGAGAUGAUCCGCUGGAAGGAUCGAGAGAUUGAACCAGACGGCUUUGAAGAUGACGACCCUCCGAAAAACCUGCUGGAUGUGCAGAGUAUCGAGUUCCGGGGGGUUGGCUUCAGCUAUCCCAGUCGUCCAGAGAAGGUGGUUCUGAAUAAACUCAGCUUCUCCAUCUCCAAAGGCCAGAAAGUGGCGUUUGUUGGUGAGAGCGGCUGUGGCAAGAGUACCACCAUCCAACUUCUAGAACGUUUCUACGACCCAAACUUCGGCGAAGUCCUGGUGAACGGUGUCCCCCUGCGUCACCUGCCGGUGCGCACCUGGCGUCGGAUGCUGGGCUACGUGGGGCAGCACCCGGUGCUCUUCGCGACCUCGGCGCUGGAGAACAUCAAGGCGGGCGACGCCAUCAGCGACGAGGAGGCCAUCGAGGCUGCGCGCCAGGCGCAGAUCUUGGAGACGCUGACGGCGCUGCCCGAGCGCCUGGACACCUUCCUGGGCACCGGAGGUGGAACCCUGUCGGGUGGUCAGCGGCAGCGGGUGGCCAUUGCACGGGCCUUGGCAAAGAAACCCAAGGUCUUGCUGUUGGAUGAAGCCACUUCAGCCUUGGACAACGAAUCCGAGCGCAUGGUGCAGGCCACUUUAGAUUCCCUGGAUGAGACCCUUGGGCGGGCCUUGACCACCGUGUCCAUCGCCCACCGCUUGACGACCAUCGUCAACUCGGACGUGAUCUACGUGCUGUCGGAGGGCCGCUGUGUGGAACAGGGCUCACAUUCGGAGCUCAUGGCCCGCCAGGGGCAGUACUACGCAAUGGCCUCCAUCCAGCAGGCCGCCACAGCCAAACGCGCGGCGGAGGCCCUUCACCCCCUGUCCCGACAGGUCACCAGAAAGACCCAUGCAGACACCAGAUCCAGCCAGCCGGCCUUCAACUCUGGCAUUACGAGUCUCUCGGGUUCUUGGCUCCAGAUCCCCGAGCUGGACACGGGCGACGAUGCGGUGACGGAUCCCAAACGUCCCAGGACGCUGCGGCGCCUCUUCCGUGCGGCGCGGGAGGAUUGGCUGAUGAUCCCAGCUGCGAUGCUGGCCGUGGUGAUGGCAGCCGCAUGUUCACCGGUGCAGGCCUAUUUCUUCAAUCGCGCCUUGAUGAGCUUUUAUUCCCAUUCAUUGGAAGACAUGUUGCAAGAACUGGAUACAGCGUGCCUGGGCCUGGUGGUGGUAGGCAUCAUCUUUGGCAUCAGCGUAUUUAUCCAGAACAGCUUGUUCACCUUUUUGCAGGAGGGCAUCAGCUUGCGACUGCGGAAAGCGGCCUUCGGUAGCACCAUCCGGAUGCACAUGGGCUUCUUUGAUACACCCGAGAAUCAAACCGCCAGCCUCUUGGUCUCCCUGGAGCGUCACAUGACUCGCGUCUCGCAAAUCUUUGGUGUGAACCUGGCCAACACACUGGGAGCAGUGCUGACAUGCCUGGCCUGCAUUAUCCUGAGUUUUUUCGGGUCCUGGAUCCUGGCGCUGGUUCUGCUGGCCGUCCUUCCCAUAGGCUUCGGCCUCAGCACCAUCUUGACCACGGCGGCGGCCAAGGUGGACUCCCGCGCGGAGCUGGCCUACGCCACGGCCUCGCAGACCACCACCGAGGCGGUCACCAACAUCCGCACCGUGCGGGCGCUGCGGGCCGAGGAGCACACCUUGAACAUCAUGACCGACUCCCUGGAGGUGGUAGCCACCUGGAACCGAUCCAUGGCGGUGAAAAGGGCCUUUGCUUUCGGUUUCACCAGCAGUAUGGUUUCUUUGAUCUACUUGAUCGGCUUCGGUCUGUCGGGCGUGAUGAUCAGCAGCCGUUACUUCGACCCGCCCAAAGUGCUGCUGACACUCUUCGCUGUGGUCUUCGGGGUGAUGUUCGUGAGCAUCAUGGCCAUGUACCUCCCGGACAGCGCCUCCGGGGUCGUGGCGGCCAAGGAGGUCUUCCGCUUGAUCGACCAGAGCUCCAAGAUCGAUGCCGUUGAGCCGGACGGGGAAGUUCGAAACCUUGGAGAUGGCAGUAUCUGCUUGAAGGAGGUGGGGUUCUACUACCCGCACCGUUCGGAGAUCCUGGUCUUGCGCAAGAUGAGCUUGAACAUCCGCAAGGGGCAGAAGGUGGCAUUGGUAGGCUACUCUGGCAGUGGAAAAUCCACUGUGAUUCAGCUCCUUUUGAGGUUUUAUGAUCCUCAGGAGGGUCUCAUCACAGUGGGGGGCCGAGACCUGAAGCAGCUGGAUGUGAGUUGGUGGAGGAAGCAGAUUGGCCUCGUGGGUCAGCAGCCCAUGCUGUUCGACCUGACCCUGGAGGAGAACGUGAAAUAUGGCUGCGAGGAGGCUACCCAUGAGCAAGUCGUGCAAGCUGCGCGCGUGGCGAACAUGGACUAUGUCUUCGAUGGCUCAAGGCACUGGACGGACCGAGUGGGGCUGAGGGGCGAAAAGCUGAGUGGCGGGCAACGGCAGCGCUGCGCCAUCGCGCGCGCAGUGCUGAGAAACCCAAAGAUCUUGCUGUUGGAUGAGGCCACUUCUGACCUGGACAGCGCCACCGAAGCGCUGGUCCAAGAGGCACUGCAGCGCGCCGCCAAAGGCGUCACCAGCGUCACGGUGGCGCAUCGGCUGUCGACGAUCCGCGGCGCGGAUCAGAUCUUUGUGCUGCUGGAUGGACAGGUGGUCGAACGUGGAACCUACUCGGAGCUGGUGUCCCUCGGGGGGCACUUUGCCAAGUUGGCGGGAGCCGAGCUCCGUCGCAUCUUGAAGGAUCGCAGUGAGGCCUACUUUCCGUGCUUCUCAACAUUUCCAGCAUCAAUGCAAGAGUUCCAAGUGCAAGCCUACCAACGUUUGGCCUAUGGUGCACUGGACUUCGCCAAGACACCCGUCCAGUUGAUCAGUGUGCACUUGCUCACUUUCUACCAACAGGCUGGUGCGGCUCUGGGAGCCGUGGCUUUCUUUACCUCCACAGCCCGGUGCUUCGACGUCUUGUCCGAUCCGCUGAUGGCGCAGAUCUCGGAUGGCUUCACCUCGCGCUUCGGGCGUCGGCGGCCCUUUGUGCUGGUGGGCUGCGGUCUCUACGCGCUGUGUUUGGUGGCCUUAUGCAGCCCACCAUGGUCCAUGUCGCCAGGGAAUACCGGCGCAUGGUUCGGGUGUUUUUACAUCCUCUUCUUUCUCACGGACACGAUCACGUCGAUUCCGCACAACGCCCUGGGACAAGAGAUCACCUCAGACACCGAUCAACGACGCCUGGUCUUCAUGGUGGCCAAGAUUUACCAGGCCUUCGGCAUGAUCGCAGCAGCGGCCCUGCCGGUGCUCAUGGGGAAUUUGUUGGGCAGCUGCGAGCUGCCGCCGGAGUGCCACGGCACACAGGAGGAGGGCCACUGCGUCGACCUGGAACGCAAGUGCGAUGGGAUUCAGAGCCGCAGAUCCAUCUUGGCUACUGGUCUCAUCUUUGCUGGCGUGGCAGUCAUCUCAGGCAUCGCCUGUGUCUCAGUCAUCCGCGAGCGGCGCAGCACUGGCGCGGGGCUCUUGGAGUCGGAGCUGGAGAGGCCGUCGAAGUUAGAUGAGAUCUUGCCUGGCUUUCUUGCCAUGUUGCAGAACCGCCCCUUUCGAGCAAUGGUGAUUCCAUGGGUCUUGGACCAAACCAUCGUGGCCAUGUUGUCGUCCUUGCUGCCCUUCUACGUGCAGUACGUGAUUUCUCCCGAGGAGAUCUGCCAAGAUUCGGUUCCGCCCAUCCCCAUUGGCAGCAUGCGAUGCAGCUCCAGGAUGGUGCUUGGGAUUGGCUUGGUGUGCAUGUUGCUCGCGGCCAUUGGUUCGAUGCCUCUUUGGCAGAAAGCGGCAAUGGGCUUUGGUGACUACAGGACGUGGUUGGCUUUCAACUUCCUGAAUGCCAUCACCACCAUCCUGUUUAUCCUGGGACGAUCGAGCACCUUGGCCAUCGUCCUGACCAUUUGCUUUGCCAUUUUGAACGGUGCUCCCAUAGGAGCCAGCUUCUUAACGGACAAUAUCCUGGGAUUGGUCAUCGACUACGACGAGCUACGGACUGGCACUCGAAGCGAGGCGACCUUCACGAUGUUCGCAAGCUUCAUUCCCAAGGUGGUAAGUGUCCCCGCCUCUGCCUUCCCCCUGACGUUGCUGGCGCUGAUGGGUUUCCGUGACCCCAUCGAUGGGCAGCUGCAAGUGCAGACAGAAGAAGUGCAGUGGGGAGUACGGAUCAUGUUCUCAGUGGUUCCAACCUUGCUGGCGCUUACCAGCUUUGCGCUGAAAGGCUUGCUCUUUCCAUUCAAGGACCUGGCCCGUGCCGAUGCGGAGAUCAAAGCCGGCUUGGCACUGCGGAAGCUUGGAGAGCCGUACAGAGAUCCCUUGGACUCGAGCUACAGGCACCCUGAUGCUGCGGAGACGAAUCACCGCGUAGGAGCGCUACUGGCGCACUUCCCAGGGGUGGCGGUGGUGGAACGGCUGCAAUCUGAAGGGGUGACCUUCUUGCGGAAUCGCUGUGCCAUGCAGUUGGCCGGACUGCUGUCGGUGGCGUUGAUCUGUGGCUUGUUCACUGGCAUUACCAUGGCCUUGGGCUUCUUGAACAACAACAAGCUCAGUUGGUUGCCCUCCAUCCUUGUGCUGAUGACCGGCCUAGGCUUUACUCACCUGGUGUCCACCGGCCUCCACUCCAGCCAUGACCACAAAAAGCAGGCGCAGCUGCCCCCCAGCACUGAGUUUAUGCAGUCCACAGUGGAGACUGCGCCCUGCGGCUUGAUGGACUUUUUCAACAAACACAAGGAAGGACCAGGAAUAGACAAAUGGGUACACUAUUUUCCCAUCUACGAAGAGCAUUUUGGACGUUUUUGCCAAGGCAAGGGCAAUCUCAGCAUGGCGGAAAUCGGCGUCCAAUCAGGGGGAUCGCUGCUGAUGUGGCGGCAUGCCUUUGGCAAAAAGUUGAAGUUGAUGCUUGGGCUCGACAUCGACAACAAUACCAAGGCAUGGGAAAAGUUGGGCAGCAACAUCAAGAUCGAGAUCGGGAAUCAAGGCGACGCGGAGUUCCUUAGAUCGGUGAAGACGAAGUACCCUGGAGGGUUUGACAUCCUCCUGGAUGACGGUUCUCAUCUUCCAGAGCAUCAGUUCACCACCUUCGUUCAUCUGUGGUCCGCCAUCCGACCCGGUGGCGUGCUGAUGAUCGAGGACGUCCAUGGUAUCAACCCCAUGUUCAAGUGGCUCAUGGAGGGGCACAUGAAUGAGAAUGCCAAGAUGCCAGGGUUGUACUAUCCAAGAGGACGCCUGGGACCUACCAAUGACGUCAGCAGGGCGGGAGGCGAUUUCCUGAACAACUUUGGUGGCAAGUUGGGCGUGGCUUCGAGGAUUCAGAAUGAAGUAGAGAGCGUCAAGAUCUAUCCCUUCAUCGUGGCCAUUACGAAGCGAAGGACUCCGCUGCAGCGCCUGACCCCUGUAAGGAAAGGUCCGCUGAUCAGUGACCGGCCGCGGGUUGAGACGCAACGAACGACUGCGUUUGAAAAACGUCCCAUCGCCAUGAAAUCCUGUGAGUACAGCCCAGCUGGUCUGCGGCUCCGAGCCGCGUUGAAUUUGCAGAAACUGUUGCCACAGUUGCCCCCAGAAACUUUGGAGGCCUGCUGCUCACGGCGCCGUGCUCUACAACAGGGUGACCUGGCGCCAGAUGCGGUGGAGCGAAUUGCGGUCUGGACCGCUGAGGCGCAAAGUUUCAUGGCGCAUCAAAGGUCCGUCGCCUCCCUGCAGCAGUCCUCCCUGGGCGAAGUGCCGGCUGGAAGCAGCAGCAGCAGCCAGGAGCGCGCCUGA